AUGGGUUUACAAGACAAGCGAGUUGUGGUCGUCGGCGGUGGCCUCAGAGGCAUGGCGUUCAUGAACGCCGCUCUCUACGCCGGGGUCAAAAACAUCCAGUGCUACGAACAAGCCCACCAAUUUAGUGAAGUGGGCGCGGAAGUAGAUAUCACAGCCAACGCAAACCGCAUCCUCGAUGCCUUCGGUCUCCAGGACUCGUUGGUCAGCCGCUCAUCGCCCCAGCUACCGUACUACAUACAGGACCACAACUACCAAUCUGACGAGUAUCUCGGCCACAUUGAAGAGUUCUCCAAGCCACAUACACGUCUGAUUCACCGCACCUAUCUCCUCGAUUCUCUCAAAGAGCCCGUCCCCGAAGAGAAGUUGCACCUGCAGAAGCGUCUCGCUUUCAUCGAACGCAAUGGGGAGAGUACGCCGUACACUCUGUAUUUUGAAGACGGCACUACCGCAGAGGCAGAUAUUGUCAUUAGAUGCGACGGGAUUAAGUCCAGGGUCCGUUGUGAAUUAGGCUUCAGCGACUCCCCCACCUACUCCGGCCAGGUAGUCUAUCGCGGCUUCGUCGAGUACAAAGACCUACCCGAGAAUACAGCCACACUCCUCCGCAACGUCGUGAACUUCUGCGGUCCUAAACGCCAUCUUCUGUGCCUUCCGAUCGGCAACCCAGCCACGAACACCGAUCGCGUCGGAGUGAUUGGCUUUAUGACCGAGUCUCUGGAUAGCUGGGAUUCGGAGAACUGGAUGGCUCGCGCCGAGAUCACCACCCUGCACGACCAUGUCCGAGACUGGUGUCCCCAGGUACAGGAUAUUAUCGCAGGUCUGCAGGCCGGUUCGCCCGAUGGCCGGAUGAUGAAACAGGCCCUGUACGUGCGCGAUCCGCUCGCGAAAUGGUUCGAGAUGAAUGAGCAGAACGCGGGGAUCGUUCUUCUCGGCGAUGCGGUUCACUCGACUCUCCCCCAUCAGGGUCAGGGUGUGUGCAUGGCGAUCGAGUCCGGGAUUGCACUGGCUACCAUUCUUGCUCACUGGAAGAAUGACGACCUCCAAGCUGCCUUCCAGUUCUAUCAGGACUUGCGUAAGCCGCGCACCGAUCGUGUUACCAGGACUAGCUUCGAGGCUGGGAAACUGGCUAGCUCGGACGCUCCGGAUCAACUGAGCGAAAGCUUUAACCCCCAAGUCCUGAUGGAGCGUAUGAAGUGGAUUAUGGAGUAUAAUGUCCUCGAUGAUUUGAAGGUUAAAGGGGCGGAAUGUAUGGAUUUCCGUGAUUCCCGCAUCUGA